AGUAAAGGAAGUGAUCUAUGGAAAGAAAAGAGGAGGUCACCGACCAUCAAAGAGAGCAAACUGCAGGUGAAGUUAACGCAACCAGUACCAAGCCCUACGCGCGCUUGAUGUAUAACGUGGCGUGACGUUGCAACGUGAAUUUCGUGCGUAGUAAGGAUGCGCAGAAACAAUGGAUGCAUACGUCUUUAAGUUGGAGGUGAAAGGACAAAAGAUAUUUCGCGCGAGGAAGGCUGAAAAGGGCUAAAAAAAUAGUUGCUGAGACUUACAGAAAUGUUUUUAUUGUCAAUACAUGUUUUCGUCCCUGAGGCGAACUUACAUACGUUAUGCUAAUUUAGAAGUGUAGAUUGUUGAUCUGAAUUUCUCAAGGACAGGUGUCUUUUUGCGCUGAAUUAUAGCUCGACAGCAAUGCAGCUGUAUUUAAUUGGCCAUUUUAAUUGUAAAAAAAGGUCAAGUUACGGUAGCGUUUCAGUUAAUGGUCAAAGAUGGACUUUGACGAUAACGCAAGUUUUGCACCGCGGGCAGGCCCAUUUGAUAACAACGUUUUUGAAAUACUGAUGUCAAUUAAGGCAAUUGGCCAUUUUCUAGCUCCUUUUGCCUCUGAGUGUAAAACUUGUCAUAUGAAAAUGAGUUUUCUGCCAAAUUCAUUUUCUUGCAAAUCAAAACAUUUUAAGUAAAUACGGAUAUCUCGGCAGGAUUCGUCGCGAAACAGAGGCAGUACACAACUUGGAAAUACCCUAUCUCAAUAUACAUAAGCAAAUUCGUUUUCCCAGCGUGGGCUCUUGUGUGAAACGUAAUUUUCGGAAUAUCUUUUCUUGUUUUCCCAUGCUUGCAGGUGCUUAAAUGUUGCUCGCAGGCAGUUUUUUUUUUUUUUUUUUUUUUAGUAGUUGCUGUAGAUGGUAUCGUAGCUAACAGCGCUUUUCAAGUCAUUUCCACUUAGUCAUUGUCAACCAUAUUGUUACUUAAAGAACGUAAUAUUUCAAAUUUAGGAAAAAGUACAUACACAGGAAAUGAAAAUGACUUGCAAUAGAGUUUGUUUAGUUGCAGGUGUGCUGCUCGGCUUAGCAUGCGUAAUGUUUUGUUCUCAAAUUCAACAAUUUCAUUAAUACUCUCAUGCAAAACAAAUCUAGAUUACGUGUUUUGAAUUGCCUCGAGAUUGAUUAUCUUCAAAUACCCCGGUUUUAGAUUCCUGUUUUGGGUUUUGCAACUUUUCAUUUGAUGCUGACAUUAAUAUCAUUUACUCGAUGUUAAAGCAGUAUUGAGACGUUUUUGUCCAUUUGUUUAAAUUAUGACGUAUUUAAAGACAGAACUUGUUUGACUUUCUCUGCGCCGAUCACGAAUCAAUCGACAAUAGCAGUUGAACCUUAGAAAUCAGGUGUGCAAGAUAUUGGGAAGGCCUAGUCGAGGAAUAUUAUUUUGAUUUCCUUAUUUGAUCAGAAAUUUGCAGCGUGGAAAAAAUCUUGACGUCGAAUCCCGUUGCCCUCCGUGCGCUGAGAAAAGGGAAUUGUUUUUUUAUGAAUAAUCUUCUGCACGAAUCGUUGUCAUGAAGAAGUCUUCGUGUGAAGCCGUGCGGCAAUAUGUACCCUCAAACACGGAACUUGAAGAUCUUCGUUGGACGUUUUUCGUCAAUUGCUUAUUCAACAUUUUCCUAUCCUACACGGCAGUUUCGUUGAACGCUGUAACUAUCCACGCGAUAAGGAAAACUUCGUGGUUGCCAAAGCCGUUGAAAACAUUGCUUCUGAGUCUGGCUGUGUCUGAUCUCGGUGUUGGUUUAAUGGUGCAACCGUUUUGUAUCUCGCUUCUGGUCAAGUGGUUGCAGCGAGAUAAUCCAGGCUGUGUGGCUUACAAGUUGUAUUUCAUGGUUAUGAGCUUGUUCGCCUUAGCUUCGUUCUUUGGUGUUGUUCUCAUAAGCUUGGACAGAUUCCUGGCCAUUCAUUUGCACCUCAGAUACCGGGAACUCGUCACCCACAAUCGAGUUGUUGCUGUGGUGAUCUCUGUGUGGAUUGUUAGUGCAAUUCUGUCCUUGAUAACGGUGUGGUAUCCGAGUGAGAGCUCUCUAACUGUGUUUGCUGUAGGAAUUAUUUGCAUUUUCUUUACCACAUUAUUUUUUGGCAGGAUUUUUGUAGUUUUCCGACACCACCAAGAACAGAUUCAAGUGCUUCAAGUACGGCAAGGAGCACAGAAUAGCGACGCGGCGAAUUUGGCGAGUCUUUUGAAAUCUGCAUUCGGUAUAUUCUACAUAUAUGUCGUGUUAAUGCUUUGUUAUAUGCCUCGAGCUUUUAGCUUAGUUGCAACUGCAAUCUCUGAACCAAAUACAGCUUUAAAAGCGUUUUUGAUUUACUCGUGGACAUUGGUGUUUCUAAAUUCAUCGUUAAACCCGAUAAUAUACUGCUGGAAAAUGAGACACAUUCGAUACGCUAUCAUGGACAUACUGCGGAACAUGUCUAGGCGCCGCAGAAGUGUCUCCUUUCGUAGGUUUAGGGCCCGCACUUCAAGUGAAUUCACGACUUCUCUUUAAUAUACAUUUAAAACUCACACAAGAGUUUAUUGAGAGGGCUGACGUUUUCAGAGGAGGAGGGAGGUGUUAGAGAGUCAGAGAUUGGUAGAUAAAUGUUGUUAUCAGAGAUCGAAGAUUUAUUUGAAUUCAGCUUCAGUUUGUAACGCAUUCAAAAGGAAAACUGUCUCAUCAAGGCCAAAAGUGCUGCAUUAAAAGUAAACACAACUGGACUAUUUUUUUCCUGUCUUUAUUCCGCUGCGCUUUGUUUUAACCCAGACGUUACACCAUAGGUUAAGCGCGUAGGGUUUAUACCACAUUCAAAAGGAAAACUGUUGCAUCAACGCCAGAAUGAGUGCUGUAUUAAAUGUAAACAGAACUGGACGUAUUUUUUCUCCCCUUAGUCCGCUGCGCUUUGUUUUAAUCAAGACGUUACACAAUAGGUUAAGCGCGUAGGGUUAUACUACUAAAACUAGAAAAGAAAAACAAGUAGAGCGAUAUAUCAGGCCAUCAUUAUGUUGAGCUGAGAGAAAUAUAAUGUUAAGUUCAUUGUGUCAUUUAACAGGAAAUUUCGAUUUAAAUGCAGUAAAUGUGGUCUGUUUUGUCCAUUAUCGCCCCAAAAUAAUUAAUCUUUGGCAGUCAACCAGCAAUCCAUAAAUGAAUUGUAAAACAACCUGUUCAUUUUCUAACGACCGCUACUGAUUACAACAUCGUUUAAAUCCAUAAUUAAUUUAGACGGAAAGAGUUUUAAUUUAAAUGUCACACCAAAAGAUAUGAAAUGCAAAUAUAAUCUUAAAUCUAAAUUUAAGCCCAUAGGCUUACUCAGAUUUCGAUCUUAAAAACCGGCAUAAUUUUUUUCUGAUUUUGAACCAUCCGUUGUUCUCUGUGAUUGUACGUUGUUUCGCGUUAGACGAUUAAAAGCUCUUGAUGUUUGCAUGACGAAUAAAGAACUUUUUCAAUAACAUGAGAAUGGUGUGAACUGCGGAAAUACAAACGAAAUGCAGAUAUGACUGUUGCAGCUGUAAUCGCAGUUUAAGCCAUUGCAAAUUAAGCCCUGAAAAGAUUUUCAGGGCCUCAACGGGAUUCGAACCCGUGGUCUCUGCGUUGGUGCUGCAUUGCUCUAACAACUGAGCUAUGAAGACCCAGACAUUGAAAGCAGGCCGUUUUAUUGAGUUCACAGCAUUACUGUAGUGAGUCCAGAUUGCGAUUACAAUGAGUGCGAUGGUCGCAUCUUCAUUUCAUAAGAACAUUGUCGUCUCAUAUCGAUUUCUUUUGAAACGCAUAAGACAGCAACCUUCAGCUUAGGUAAAUUAAACGGAGGCCAUCAAAUUGAGAUAGCCAAAAAUUACCGAAAACUGUCGUAAUUCUGUGUUCAAGAGUGUGUCACUCGCCCUCCGGCAGAGUACAAGCAUAUCUGUAGUUUCAGCUGAAACAAGUCAUUUUGGCAAAUUUUCAGCGUUAUGCAUCUCCACAUCCUAGCCGUUGGGAAUGCGUUAUCAACACAGGCAGAUAAGACAUACACUCCGUGCCGGAAAAUAAACAAUGAUAGCGUUUACUUUUCUUCAUAUCAGUAACCUUGAUUAAAUCCAUCAUAACGGUAAAAAUGAACCAAAGCAUGUAUUUUCACCUGAUUCGCUUUAAUACUACUCUCAGCAAACUAUUGUAGUUUGCCAUUCGACGUCUGAAUAUCUGUAGAGCGUUACUCUUUACAGACGAAUAUGUCAAAGUUGUACAGCUGUUUCGACAGAGGUUGCCUCACAAAAGCGUAAAGAAAUGCGACAAUGCCGAUUGCUACUGUUAUGGGUCGUAAGAGUUUGGCUUGCGCGAUCGAAGUUCAUGGUGUUUCAGCAUGAAGGAAGGAGAAAUCAUGAAUACAUGUGUUUGCUACUUCCUUGAGCUGGAACUUGAACUUUUAUUUUAUUGUUUUCUUGCAUACAGUUACAAUUGCUUGGCCCCGCAACCAGUUCCAGAACUAAUGGAGGCCGGGGCAAGAGUUUAUAUUAAAAAGGACAGGGCAAAAAGUAAUGAUAAUUUACAACAAAAUUACAAAAGGUACCUAUAAACAAUAGAAAAAACUACACGCGAACGAAAACAAAGUAGCAGUAUAAUGCCCACAUACAGAAGAGAAUAGAAUGCUAUUAUUCUCUCUAUUAUUUUAUUACGCCAAAAAAAAAC